AAUAAGAACCUACUCCACAAGCUUGUGCGUUGGUAACAACUCAAAAAAAAAAGAGAGUGGAAUUUUCUCUUCCCUUUUGCAGACUCCUAUCCUCAAUCUAUUUGCCCCUCUUUCCUAUCGUUUCAUAGAAAUGGCCCGGUCAAUGCUCAUAUUGGCGAUUGCUCUAGCCUUCAUUGGAUCCAUGGCAGAUGCUGCAGUUGUCGAGCACACAUUCCAUGUGGGAAACCUGACGGUAAGACGGCUGUGCCGGAGCAAAGUGAUAACUGCCGUGAAUGGCCGUUUUCCUGGACCGACAUUAGACGUCCACGAGGGUGAUACCUUAGUCGUUAAUGUCAUCAAUGACUCACCUUACGACAUGACCAUCCAUUGGCAUGGCAUUUUUCAGAUACUAAGUGCUUGGGCCGACGGGCCAAACAUGAUAACCCAAUGCCCGAUACGACCCGGGAGGAGCUACACCUACAAAUUCACCAUCACCGGCCAAGAGGGCACCUUAUGGUGGCAUGCCCACGCCUCGGUCCUCCGAGCAACAGUCUACGGUGCUCUUGUCAUCAGACCCAGACAAGGCACCAAAGCCUACCCUUUCCCCCAACCCGACGAGGAAGUCCCCAUUCUACUCGGUGAGUGGUGGAAUGCCAACGUAGUCGACGUGGCGAAUCAAGCCUUUCUUACCGGCGGCACGCCCAAUAUUUCCGAUGCAUACACCAUCAAUGGAAAAACCGGAGACCUUUACCCAUGUUCCAAGAAACACACCUACAAGCUUCAAGUGGAGAAGGGCAAGACCUACUUGCUACGAAUCAUCAACGCUGCACUCGAUAAUCAGCUGUUCUUCAAGAUCGCCGAGCACGGCUUCACCGUGGUAGCCGUGGAUGCAGGCUACACCAAACCCUACAAGACUGAUGUGAUCGCCAUCGCCCCGGGCCAGACCGUGGAUGCCCUCAUGGUCGCCGAUGCACCCCCGGCAGGCUACUACAUGGCCGCCCUCCCCUACAUCAGCACGGCCAACCCACCUCCCCCACGGCCAGCCUUCGACAACACAACCACCACGGGCAUCGUCCAGUACAAAUCCGCCUCCCCAUCUUUGCCUCCCGUGAUGCCGGCCAUGCCCUCCUUCUUCGACAACGAUGCGGCCUUCCGCUUCUACUCCCACCUAACCGCUCUCUGCAGGUCUGGCGACCGCAUCGUCCCUCACCACGUCGACGAGCGCAUGCUCGUCACGGUUGGGCUGGGCCUCGUUGCCUGCCGGCCGACUCAAUUGCUGUGCAAUCAGAGUCAGGGAGCACUCGCCGCCAGCAUGAACAACGUGUCCUUCCAGUUCCCCACCACCAUGUCGCUGUUGGAGGCGCAUUUUAAGGGCGCCGAGGGGAUUUACACGGCGGACUUCCCCGACAGGCCGCCGGUGUUCUUCGAUUUCACGAACGCCUCCGUGAACGUAGUCCCGGCGCUGCAACCCUUGUCGUUCGCGUCCCAGGCUACCAAGGUCAAGAAGCUCAAGUACAACACCGUGGUGGAGAUGGUGCUGCAGGGCACGGCGAUACUGGGGAUCGAGAGCCAUCCGAUGCACCUUCAUGGCUUCGACUUCUUCGUGGUGGCGCAAGGGUUCGGAAACUACGACCGAGCCGCCGCGGAGAAGAGCUACAACCUGGUGGACCCGCAGGUGAGGAACACCAUCAGCGUUCCCACCGGCGGUUGGGCCGUCAUCCGAUUCAUUGCCAACAAUCCAGGUGUAUGGAUCAUGCACUGCCACUUGGAUGCCCACCUGUCGUUCGGGUUGGCGAUGGCUUUCGAGGUGGAGAAUGGACCCACCCCGGAAUCCACCCUCCCGCCGCCGCCCCCAGAUUUUCCCACUUGUUAGGAGAAGCCGAAGUAGGCUGCGGCCAGCCAGGAAGGAAAGAAGAUAUAUGGGCAGAAGCCGAACGUUUCAUAAGUUUGUCUUGCUUUGAUUAUUCCAUUAUCUGUUGCCUCAGAACACCGUGUCAUUCCUUCUCUUUUCUCUACCAUUUAAUUAUUUAUCGGUUUGGUUUUAAAAUUCUCAAUCCAUUUGUGUUUUCUAGUUGCUAGGUGCACGAAAGAAUUAACAGUCCAUUCUUCCAAGUAAAUAUUUGGACUACCAGCAAGCAAUGUUUUAUCUCCAUAAACUGAGAGCUUAAUUGUUCAUUUCA